AUGGGCUUCAAGAUUUCUACUUUUGCCAGCGCAAUGCUGGCAUCACUCCCAGGCAUCGCAGCCCAGUGCUCCCUCCCCUCCAGCUUCAGCUGGACCUCAAGCGAGGCCCUCGCCGAACCAAGUUCAGGAUGGGCCUCGCUCAAGGACUUCACAACCGUAAUCCACAACGACAAACACCUCGUCUACGCGUCCUACUACGACCCAGACACCGGCUACGGCUCUCUCAACUUCGACCUCUUCGCCAACUGGACCGACAUGGCCUCCGCCUCCCAAAACGCCAUGAACACCGCCACCGUCGCGCCGACCAUCUUCCGCUUCGCGCCCAAGGACGUCUGGAUUCUCGCGUACCAAUGGGGGCCGACGGCGUUCUCGUAUAGGACAUCGUCCGAUCCCACCGAUGCAAACGGCUGGUCUGACGCGCAGCCGCUGUAUUCCGGCAACAUUGACGGCGAUAACUCAGAUACGGGCGUCAUCGACCAGACCGUCAUCGGCGAUGAGACGGAUAUGUAUCUCUUCUUCGCCGGCGACAACGGCAAGAUCUAUCGCGCGAGUCAGCCCAUUGACGACUUCCCCGGUGAUUUCGGCACAGAGGCGGAGACGAUUCUGUCGGAUACGCGCAACAACCUGUUCGAGGCGGUGCAGCUUUACACCAUCACCGAGGGGAGUGAGUAUCUGAUGAUCGUCGAAGCGAUUGGGUCUGGGGGCCGGUAUUUCCGUGCCUUCACGGCGUCGAGUCUGGGCGGGGACUGGACGGCGCUGGAGGGGGCCAACACAGAGAGUUCCCCCUUUGCGGGCAAGGCGAAUAGUGGCGCGACUUGGACAGAUGAUAUCAGCCACGGGGAUCUGGUGAGGGUCAACUCGGACCAGAGGAAUAUGGUGGAUGUGUGUAACUUGCAGCUGCUUUAUCAGGGGAAGGAUCCGUCGGUUGAUGCGGACUAUAACCUGUUGCCGUAUCGGCCGGGGGUGUUGACUCUUGCGUAG